UUAGAAAGUUUUUGCUGAAGUUGUAGUUACUAAACCAUCAUUGACUAAAUUGCCAAAAACAGUUCAAUUAAAAAAUGUGUGUUAUCACAUUAAAAAACAAAUUGAUAAAAGCUAUUUUUUAUUUUCCAAAAUAUUUUUGGUAUAAAUACCCGACAAAUUUAACCAACUAUCAACAAAUAGUUCAGUUCCUUUGACUACCACAGAGACUAAAACAAAAUCAAUAAUGAAAUCUGUUAUGUUUCUCGCCAUUUUGGCUUUCGCCAUUGCCUGCGUUUUGGCCUGUGAUCCCGAUAGCAACAAUCAACCCGAAUGUACUGCCAAAAAUGUAAAUGUACCCGUUCGUAACUUCUGGGAUCCCACUCACUAUUGGUUGUGUAAAUCUGCUGGUGCCACUGCUGAAUCUGUACGUUGUCCCGAUGCUGAAGGUUUCGAUUCAGCUAAGGGUGCUUGCGUACCCUUCAAUCAAUGGAAAUGGACUGAACCCUGCCCAUCUGCUUAAAAAUAAUGAAAUGUUUUUAAAAUAAAGUAAAUACUAUUUUUAAUCUAAAA